CUCCGUGGGUUCAGGGAGAAACGCUCGAGCAGAGGAGAGAAGCGAGCAGUGACAGACGAACGGCACUACAGACGUGGACGGUACUCUCAGAACCUGCUACAUCUACUGACUACUUACUGAAGCAGCAGCCAGUGUGUGGUGGUGAUUCAGCGGACUUAGUCGGACAGUUUUAUUCCAGAGAGGGAGUGAGAAAGUUUGGAGAAAUGCACUCAGUGUACCUGGUCAGCCUGCUGUUUAUCUUCAGCACCCUGCAUGUUAACCAGCUGACGGAGGGCUGCUCGUGCGCUCUCACGCACCCGCAAGACGCCUUCUGCAACUCCGACAUAGUGAUUCGAGCUAAAGUGGUGGGCAAGAAGCUGCUGAGAGAUGGACCGUUUGGAACCAUGCGCUACACUGUCAAGCAAAUGAAGAUGUACAAAGGAUUUGAAAAAGUCCAGCAUGUGCAGCACAUUUACACAGACGCCUCGGAGAGUUUGUGCGGUGUGAAGUUUGACAUCAACAAGUACCAGUACCUGAUCACAGGACGAGUCUACGACGGCAAGGUUUACACGGGGCUGUGCAACCUGAACGAGCGGUGGGAGCGCCUCUCGCUGGCACAGAAGAAAGGCAUCAACCAUCGCUACCAGCUGGGCUGCAACUGCAGGAUUAAGCCCUGCCACUACCUGCCCUGCUUCGUGACCUCCAAGAACGAGUGCUUAUGGACGGACAUGCUGUCCCACUUCGGUUAUCCCGGCUACCAGUCCCGACACUACGCCUGCAUCCAGCAGAAGGAGGGCUACUGCAGCUGGUACCGAGGCAUGACCACCCGUGAUAAAACCACCAUCAAUGCCACUGACCCCUGAACCCAAACGCCCUCUGACUGAAACUCGCUGCCGCCUCCCAAACUCCGUCCCAUCCCUGGUCACAUUUAGAGUAUUACAGGACUCUUCAAGCUCACCUGCCUGGGUGAUAGCCCCCUUUUAAAGGGGUAAUAAUCUAUUACAGUGCCUGUUUGUAGCACUUCUGAUAGAAAAUAAUACCCCCCACCCUCCCUUUUAUUUUUUUUUUUUGUACAGCUUGUCCUGUAGCUCCUUUUCCCUUGUACUACAAACACCAUCCUUUGCACCAAGUUGACAUCGGUGACAAAGACAGAAAGGGCCAAUAAAAAGUGUAAGACCUCGCUCCACCUACUGAGAGCUUCUGAAAAGAUUUAAUCACUCAUAAGUAUUAUUUACAGCAUCAGUAGCAUUGGCUUUAAUUAGCAACCUGCAGUUUAGCUAGUGUCAGGAUCAUUUGAACAAGGAGAAGUCUCUAAAGCAAAAGCCAGGAGGUGUCAGGCGAAGUAUACUACGAAGAUGAUCCUUUGUAAAUUUGCUGAGUAAAGCUAGCUUGUUGCUAUCAAUACACCGAACAUGGCCGAAACAGCGCCAACAUAUUAUAUAUGUUAAAGAUACACGUCUAUUUUGGCUUCAAACCCCUUUGUGAAAUGGACAAUGUUUCACAGUGAAGUAUUCAUCGGUUAUGUUCAGUUUGAACUGUAACACACGUCUUUUUAAUGGUAGUAAGUCUGCUUCCUGUUUUUAAAGCGACUGUUGCGCGCUGCUUCACAAAUGCUAAAAGUAACACAGUGCCAGCGCGGGGAAGCGCCCGAUUUCUUGCAGAGAUGGUGAUAUUUUAUUUGUUGCUGUAUAUAAAAUAAGCUACAGAAAUCAACUCAUUUGAAACCUCUAUUACAUUUAUUUAUAUGUUUAUUGGAUUAUACUAUGUGGUAUAUGUGCGUAAAAGAAAAACAGGCCAAAUAAUAUCAUGAACUCACUGCAGUGUAUUAAAUGAAGCACCAGCAUCAGCAAAUUCAAUAUUAUGGUACUUUUUUUUUUUUUUUUGGGGGGGGGGGGGGUUGUUUUGGCUUCAUUAUAGUCCCCCACACCCCACCCCCCAAGCUGGUACUCGUUACCAAUCCGAUAAAAUUAAAAUUAUAACAGAGGUUUCAGAGAAGGACAUAUUUUGUAAGUGUAUAUUCAAUCUUUUGUAUUUAACUAUUUGAGAUGAACAUUAUAUAUAAAUGAAAGUAACAAUAUAUUGUCACUAAAUUCAUUCUUGUUCGCCUGUUCCCGUCUGGGGUUUUCUCUUAUUUUUACUUCCCUUCAUUCCAUUCCAAUAACGGACACAGACUGGCCUCACAAAGAGGAAGAGCCCCUUCGUAAUUUAUGCUAAAAACUGAUAUUACUCUUACAUGUUUGUGCUAAUUAUGCAUCUAUUUUUGGCAGUUAUUUAGCCUAGCUUAUGGUAGCUUAAAGCAGGAUACUGUAAACUACCUGGCAUAGCAUACUAGAGAGGAAGGACAAACUAUGGUGUUUUAAAAUUCAUUCAAACACUGUAUGUUUCAUAUGUUGAGAUGGCGUGAGUUAUGCUAGUUAUGCUAUUUCCAGACUAUGUGAAGCUAGGCUAACUAGGUUGUGUUUCAUUUAUGGUCCAUUUCUAUGUCACUUUUUUAUCCCUUUAAUUUCUACAAAAUUCUAUAUUUUCUCUUGUUUUUUGUUCUCUUUUGUUUUGUUUUUUAAACAGCAUUUUGAGCUAAGGUUAGCCGGGAGGAUAAAAUGAUCAGUACCAUUAUAACAUUUUCUCUUUUUUUUUUGUUUGUUUUUUUUUUUAAACUGAAUUUAUUAGCAGUAUUUAGUUUAUCGUUCUUCACCUUCAUACAUAAUGAUGAGGCUCUUCCUCCAGCUGUGGUAUUUCUGUGUCAUUAUUUCUGUGGUUCAUGUUUAUGUAAAUAUACUAUCUGCUUAACACAGAAAUCAGUCAAAAGGAAAAAAAAUCCAAUCAAGGAAGCUGUGUACAGUCUGUGUGUAAACACUGAUUUAUGAAUUAUGUGGGUUGGGGAUAUUUCCUUGUUGGGGUUGUAGAAAUGUUUGACUUAAUUUCUGUGUUUUAUAUUUUUAUAAUAAAGACUUACUGAAAAAUGCUC